UGACAGUAACUUCAAUUUUGUCAUUCAAUUUUCCAAUAGGAUAUUUCUUCUCAGUGAGAAUCUUGCUCGGAGAUUAAGGCUAUAAAUUCAAGAAUGUUGACUUGUAUAGCAUGUUCAAAGCAACUCAACACUGGAUCUCUUCAUGAACCACCAGAGGAAGAUGAUACAGCUGCAACACCAAGCACAAAACAAGCCAUUAAAGCCCUUACUGCUCAGAUCAAGGAUAUGGCCACUAAAGCAUCAGGAGCAUACAAGAACUGCAAACCAUGUUCAGGUGGUUCAAAUCACAACAACCAGAAACCUAACUAUGCUGAUUCUGAAACUGGGUCUGUAUCCGAAAGAUUUCAUUACUCAUAUAAAAGGACUGGGAGUUCAAAUUCAACACCAAGGAAAAUGAAAGGGAGAUUGAAAGUGUUGUCUAGUGGCGAAAGUACGCCGGUAUCGGUUAGUGGCCGGAGUGAAUCGGUUGUUGGUAUGGAAGAUGAUGAUGAGAUUAAAGAAUGGGUUGCUCAAGUGGAACCUGGUGUUUUAAUUACGUUUGUUUCUUUACCUGAAGGUGGAAAUGAUCUGAAACGGAUUAGAUUCAGCCGUGAGCUGUUUAACAAGUGGCAAGCUCAACGUUGGUGGGCUGAGAAUUAUGACAAGGUCAUGGAACUAUACAACGUCCGUAGGUUCAAUCGACAAGCAGUACCAUUGCCAAUCCCUCCAAGGUCUGAAGAUGAGAACUCAAAACUUGAAUACGCUGAGAGUAGUCCUGUAACGCCUCCACUAGCCAAAGAACGUCUCCCUAGUCACUUUCAUCGUUCAACAGGGGCAGGCCAGUUGUCGUCAGGCUCUCUUGAAAGAGAUCCAUCUUAUUACGAUGCAGGUGGUCUCACUUCAACCCCUAAGCUCUCCAGCAUCAGUGCGACAAAAAGUGAGAGACCAUCAAUGGAUGCUUCUGCACGGACUAGUUCUUCAAGGGAGGCUGAUCGCUCAGGAGAACUGUCGGUUAGCAAUGCCAGCGAUGUUGAAACUGAAUGGGUUGAAGAAGACGAGCCUGGAGUCUAUAUCACGAUUCGAGCAUUGCCUGGUGGUACUCGAGAGCUUAGAAGAGUCCGGUUCAGUCGUGAGAAAUUUGGAGAAAUGCAUGCCAGGUUGUGGUGGGAAGAGAACAGAGCCAGGAUCCAAGAACAGUACUUAUGAUUUAGGACAUAGCCAGGAUCCAAGAACAGUACUUAUGAUUUAGGACAUAGUUUGGGGUUCUUUAAUUUAAAUUCAUCCAUAAUUGGUAUCUCAGUGCUCCUUUAUUUGGCAUCAAUCCAAGUUCUACCCUUUGUUCUCUGUCUCUUAAACUAGUUCGUAGGAUUUUUCUGGCGAUUAAAAAGUUUCGAAACGAGGAGGUUUAUUUGAGGGGUGUAAUGAUGUGUAGUGAUUGUUAAUGAAGAAAUAUAGACAACUAUUGCGAAUCAGAUGAAACGUAGCUCGUGUUAAUAUAUCUAGCUACUUUGCCAUGAUUUAUCAGACUGCAUUUUCUUGUUUGUUUUGAUUGAGAUGGAUUACAAGGAUAAUAGUACCCACAGGCCACAACCAACACGUUUGGGACUGGUUAUUUUUCCUA